AUGCCCCUCACUAUAUUCGAUAUACCCCAUGUUUUGGAGCAGAUCAGUUUGAACCUCCCACCCAAGGAUGUCGUGUCCUGCGCACUCGUCUGCUACGCCUGGUCUCAAAUCCUCCGUCCUCUAACCUGGCGCAACUUUGAACUCGGAGACAAGGAUUACGAGGCGCUUCUCUCCGACCCAGAAUUUGUCAAGACGCUCACAAACCGAGCGCCGACCAUCCGAACGCUGACGGUCCAGUUCUCUAUGAAACAAACCCCUCUAAUCAAUUACCUAGAACGUCAUCCAGAACUGCUCUCUGAGAAACUGAGUCGAAUCGUGAUGAGGCACAAGAGCUAUAUGCAUGCCCAUUACACAUUGAGCGUAUUGCUGCCGUUGCUGUCGCUGGCCGCAGAUGGUUUACAGGAGCUGGAUGUCAGCUUGAAGUACUUGCCAGAAAUCACGCUCAGUUCCUUCCAUGACAUGCAGACCAAGUUUUCGAAGCUGAGUGGAUUAAGGAUGAUGACGUUACAGGGCGACGUACCAUUAUUGGGACAGCAGCUCGCGACGUUGUUAAGGUGCUGUCCCGAGUCGGUCGAGGCCCUGAGGAUCGAUUAUACGAUGGAACUCGACUACGACCCGAUCCAUUCGUGGAGUUUCGUGCUUGACAACGGCCAAGGCGGGGAACAGGGGUUGUUGCAGCAUUUCUGGGCGAAUGCGACGCCGACGAAUAUCCGGACUCUGAAACUGCCAUGUAAUAUCAAGACGAACGAGCUGACGACGAUCGUCCCGUUCUUUCGACUUCGGUGUCCGAAACUGACGACCUUGGAGAGCGUGCCGAUCGUCCAAACGAGUGUUCUGAAUCAAGUGGUUGAAGCCUUGAGCAACCAUUGUCCGAUGCUCGAGAACGUCGUGUUCCAGGAUUUGGCGUUCGAGGAAUUGCCGAUUUAUCUGCGUAUCCUAAGGGCAUGUCAUCCUCUCAAAUCUGUCACAAUCUCGGGACAUGUACAUGAUGCACGAGAGCUGGUUCAGGUGCUGAUACAGUAUCAUGCGAGAUCGCUUACUCACAUUCGAUGGACAGGAGGCGGUGGAUUCCAGGAAGGCAUGGACCUGGAGGACUUAAUUCGGGUAUGUUCGAACCUGGAGCGUCUAGAAACGACGUAUGAGCACAGUUACAAAAACUUCUCUUCCGGUCAGGGAGCUGCUGGAACCAUGUGGAUCACAGAUGAACCGAUCUUGCCGGCGCUGGAAUCUUUGAGCCUUUCGUCGAGCUCCUCGCCAUCGUCAUCGUCAUCGUCAUCAUUCUUCUGGGCUUGUUAUGCAACGCUCACGCAUCUGGAUAUCACGUUUUUCCCACAAAAGGAGGUUGAGGACGAGGAGCGAUUCAUGCUCCGGGUUGAGGAUACUUACCGCAAGCUGGGCCAAUUGAGCGUGCUGGUUGACCUGCGUCUCGGAUGCCACUGUCGGUGCUACGGUGCGCGGCUAAAGGACUGUAACCACUUCUGGUACAAUGCUACGAAUGGAUCGACAGAGAUCAUGGUCCAAGCUGCCUCAGAUGUCGGGGUGAAUACGCUCUUGUCGGCGACACAUAAUGCGAUUCUGGAUAUGACCCUGGCGACCGGAUUGGGACAUAUGGCUGGAUGUAGGCGACUGAGGUUUCUGAGUGUGGCGAGGAUUCAGGGUCAUAGGAUAGGGUAUCCGGAGAUGGAGUGGAUGCGAGAGCAUUGGCCGGAACUGAGGGAGUUGAGAGGGGUGAGGAAUACGAGGCUGAUUGAAUGGGCGCGACAGAACUGGCCGGAGCUGAAGGCGACGUAUUUGCAUACGUCCAGGGCCGGCGGACAUUUGGAUUUGCAUUAUUGA